AAAGAAUCCAACGAAUGUACUGCUUUGUUUGGUCUGCAUCAUCUCUUCAGCGCAAUCCUAUAUUUCUCCAGACUAUCAACUAAUGGUACCAUCUACAAGUUCAACAAAUCACUCUGCAUUUAGAGUGUCAUACUUAUGGUCGCCUGCUCUUCAACGUCUAUCCGACGACUUGCCUUCGAAUGUCGGACGAUCAAGUAUGGUGCAUGAUUUGAUCAGAUCACUCGACUUACUUGACUUUGAAGAGCUGAAAGAGAGGUUCUUGAAAAGCGAUAAUCCGGAAGAUGAGGAUGGAAAGAGUGAGGAUGAUGACGAUAAUGAAGCGGACAGGAACGAAGUUAACAAUGGAGAUAAACAAGGGGCUGAUGGAGAGCCCCAAAGAAGAAAACCGGGCAGCCCGACUGCGUCUCCACCCCACGCCCAAAAUAAGAAAGCCACAGUCGUAUUUCCUCAACCAAGUCUAGGUACCAAGGCAUGUCUCCUAAAAUACCAUGAUCGCUCAUACAUAGAGCGCCUUCUAAUGGCUCACACCGACAGAGAUCCUAAUGAUCCUACUCAUCUCCCUUCUUCACCUUCGUCAUCCGCUUCUUCUCCCCGGCCUGCCAAGAUUGCUCGCACAGAUCCUUACAAUCUCUCGCACGACAAUCCUGUAUUUCCAACUUUAGCGUCGUACAUCUCCCACGUAACAGCCGCUACAUCCACGGCGUGCCGUCUGCUUGCCACUGACAAAGCUGACUGGGCGGUAUGUUGGGAUGGUGGCCGGCAUCAUGCGAAAAGAAAAGAGGCUGGAGGAUUUUGUUAUGUGAAUGAUCUCGUCCUGGGUGGCUUGUUGCUCUCCCGCGAAGGGCGAAUACCAUUACCGUUGAAAGAAGGGGAAGAUCCGAAGAGGCAGAGGACAAGGGCACCAAGGAUACUCUACCUUGAUAUGGACCUCCACUACUCUGAUGGAGUUUCAGCAGCCUUCCACUCCCCCACAGUAUAUCCCUACCCCUUGAAAGAAGGCAUAACCCCCCCGAAACCACCAAACGUCCUGACCCUUUCCGUCCACCACUCAUCUCCCAUCUUCUUCCCUCCUCCUACACCCCUCUCUCUCCUACCCUCCCCAGAUACUGAAUCUCCGUUCUCUCUCUCCAUCCCACUCUCAGCUUACCCUUCCCGCCAAACAUAUGCGAAAGUUUUCAACCAAUGUAUCCAGCCGAUCCGCGAAGCUUGGGAUCCAGACUACAUCAUUCUCCAGCUCGGCACUGAUGGUCUUCCUGGAGAUAGAGUGGGCCAGUACGGAAACUGGUCUGUUGAUGGGGAAGGAGGGAUCAAGUGGGUUGUGGAGCGAGUGAAAGAGUGGGGGAAGAAAGUUUGUGUGACAGGUGGAGGAGGGUAUAGACAUGAUAAUGCUGCUAGAGCGUGGGCCGAGGUCACGGGCGUCUUGCUGGAUAGAGACUUUGUCGAGGACAUGCCUAUUCCCCACCAUGAUCAUUUUGAGCAGUACGCUCCGUCUUUUACUCUACAAGUGCCAGACAGCCAUAUGAGGGACGAAAACAAGCCAGAAGAUCUGGAAAAGGCUGCCGAAGUGUUCAACGUCCUCGCUGAGAGAAUUAAAAUCAUUGUAGACGCCAAUUCAUAGCCACGGCCAUACACAACGCAUCUAUACAUAAUGUUACUAGGCUUUCAAUUAAGUAACUACGCAAACUUCUUUCCCUGCUCAUCACACCAGUUCCAAACCUCUUCUAUCCUCUUCUUAUCCAACAAAUCAGAUCGGCAGAUACCGACGGUGUUGUAAGGGACGACGUAUUCGCCGUUCAAGAACCAAGCAUCGGGUAAAGGAAGGGUCGCGGCGUAGAGCUGAUUGAGAGCACCUGUGGAGGGGUCCCGGGUGAACAAAUGCUUUUUUACAACGUUAGCUUAUUGACAUAGUUAAUUCGUGAGAGAACUUACUCUCAACCAGGGAACCCAUCGAUAAAAGAUUCCAACGAAAGGUAAAUGGUUUGUCAGAUUUGUCGCAACCAAACCUACAUCAGCAAUUAUAUAAGCAUUCUAUCGGUCUAACUUGAAAAAGGACGACUUGCCAGGAUGGACAGCAACUGCAAUCAACCUUCCCUCUUUUCCAUAGGUAUCCUCAAGAUAUUUCGCACUCGCAAUGUUACCCCACUUGCUCUGUGCAUACUCAGUCCACUUGUCAAGUUCGUAUUUGCCUUGUCCGGAACCGGUGUCAGAAGGGUCUCGGACAACUGAUUUGAAGUUGACACCUCCCUUGGGUGCCAUGGAGUGUCCGGCGGAGGAAGUCAGGAUGACUCGGGAAGGAAGGCUGGGAGGGGAAGAGAGAAGAAGUGGUAAGAGGAGAGUGAUGAGACGGUGAUGGCCGAGAGUCUAUAUUUACU